AUCGAAUGCGAAAAUCCAGCGAUUUAUAUUUUUGGGGCAAAGCGAGCGGGCGGUGGGAGCGGGCAGGGGUGCGACGGAAACAGGGGCCGCUUCCCCUUCCGCCCUGCGCCGUGCACGGCCGGCUCCGCUUGCGGGUGCUUUCAUUCCCCCGGCAUUCAGCCCUGUGAUUCGAGCAGGAAACAUGCUCCAAUUAACCCCCCGGCGUUAACGAAGCCCCAGCACGGCCGGGGCUGCCCGCCGGGUCCGGGGUCCGUCCCUGCAGCGGUGCUCGAUAGGGAAACCCCCCUUACAGCCCACCUGCGCUCCCUGUAAUCCCUGCCUGGAAAUUAUUUAUAUUCCAUAUAUCGCUAAAAUAUUAUCACUAUUAUAAUUAUAAAAAAUCAUACUAAUUAUUAAAUUAUAGUAAUUAUUUAUCCCGUUCCUGAUUUAUCCUCCCGGCUGGCACAACCGCCUGUGAACCCCCCUCUGUGCCUGCAGCAAUUCGCGUUCGCGGGUGUUUUUACAGGGUUGAUACACCAUUCUCGCGGCUGUUGGCACCAAGCCGCUGCCUCGAUGCUGCUUGGGGGUGAAUCGUCCUCCAGCCGAGCAGCCCCAGGUCCCACCUGCCCCGAAUUAUUUAGCAAUAACGAAUGAUUUAUAAGUAGUUUGGCCCGAGGAGGUUUCAGGUGUGUUGGCAGCAUGAUGGUGGCUGGUGGCUGGCUGCUGCUUCGCAGCAUCUUUUGGCUGCUGGGAGGUAGGAGCGGAGCUCUCCUCCGCCCUGCCGAGGAUUCGGGGGUCGCACGAAGCUUUUUUGCUCCGUUGUUAUGGCCGCCGCGGCCCGGCUCAGCCUCUGGUCCCCUCGCAGGUGGCCCUGGGGACGCGUGGGGCAUGGGGACCCCCCAGCGUGAUGGUGGCCCGUGGGGCGAUGACAUCCUCAGCAUCAACGGAGCACUCGAGGUGCCCAACAGCAGCUUCCUCCUCGAAGGGGACAUCGUCCGGGUGGGCACCUCCAGAGCGCUCGCGUCCGCCAACGCCAAGUGGCCCAAGAGGAGAGGCGUCGUCCACAUCCCCUACGCCGUGGCCGGCCGAUAUGGUAGGUGGGAGCGGAGGUGGCUCCCGCGGGGACGUGCCGCGGCCGGGUGCCGAGCCGCCGCGUCUUCUCCCGGCAGACAACGCCAGCCUGAAGGCGCUCGAGGAAGCGUUCGGCGACUUUGCGAGGCUCACGUGCGUCCGCUUCGUCCCGCGCUCCUCCCAGAGGGACUUCGUCUCCAUCGCUCCCAUGGCUGGGUGCUUCUCCAGCGUGGGCCGCGCCGGCGGGAUGCAGCCGCUCUCCCUGGCGCCCGCCUGCCUGCGCGGGGGCAAGGGGGUGGCCCUGCACGAGCUCAUGCACGUGGCCGGCUUCUGGCACGAGCACAGCCGCGCUGACCGCGACGACUACAUCAGCAUCUCCUGGGACAACAUCCUGCCCGGUUUUGAGGGCAACUUCAUGAAGUCCCGGACGCCCAACAUGCUGGUGGGCUACGACUACUCCUCGGUGCUGCACUACAGCAGAUACGCCUUCAGCCGGAGCGGGGCACCCACCAUCACGCCGCUGCGGGCCCCGGCGGCCCCCCUGGGCCAGCGACGGGGGCUCAGCGCCUCCGACGCCGCUCGGGUCAACCGGCUCUACGGCUGCCGGGACGCCGCCGCGGCUCCGGGGCUGAGUCCCCGCCCGCUGCCCCCUGCCAGCGCCCCGCCCGCCCUGGGGACCCCCGGCGGCCCCCAUCCUGCGCCGGGAGCCUGGACGGAGGUGGCCACGGCGGGGACCGGAGAGGGAUGCUCCGAGGGCUGCACCGCGCCGGGGGCCGAGACGAGCGGAUAAACCCCCCCGCCGCGCUCCUGCACGGAGACGGUGGAUCAUUGCAAUAAAUAAAGAUAUUCUGGGGGGGAUC